UCGUGCGGAGGAGGAUGAAUCCGGUUGGUUCUCAGUAUGACAUCCGCUACUUUGCUCACCUGGUUCAUAGCUUUACCGCAUACCAGCUGUGGGGCCUUCCGCACCGAUCCUGUCCUAUUGGGGCGCGUUGAAAUUCUUCGUUAAUGCGCGUGAGAUGCUGCAGGAAGGCUACACCAAGUAUAGAGGCUCAGUGUUCAGAGUGCCGCUAUUGGAUCGCUGGGUUGUAGUGGUCAGCGGCGCGGCCAUGAACGAGGAACUACGGAAGUUCCCUGACGACCAGAUGUCUUUCAUAGACGCCGCCGAAGAACUCGUACAGGCGAAGUACACAAUUGCCAAGGAAAUCCAUGAGAACCCGAUACAUAUCCCGGUCAUUCGCGGACCUUUCACCCGCAACUUGGGUGCCCUCAUGCCAGAUGUUGCAGAUGAAGUUGCGUCAGCAGUACAAGAGGCUAUACCUGACACAGGGGAAGAGUGGGUCGGUGUCGUCGCAUUGCCUGCCAUGACACGUGUCGUCUGUCGGGCGAGCAACCGAGUCUUCAUCGGUCUUCCUAUGUGCCGGAACCCAGAAUACCUAGAGAUUGUCUUGAACUACACCAAAGAUGUCGCCAAAGGACGUUUCAUCAUGACCCUCACGCCGAUCCUAUUCAAGUCCAUCGUGGGCCAUUUGCUGCCUUGGUCUAAGAACGCCCUCAAGAAGUUCUCCGUCCUAGUGAGACCUGUAGUCGACGAAACGUUCCGGCAGUUCGAUCAUCACGGAAAGGAAUGGGAAGACAAACCUAAAAACCUACUGACCUGGUUAACGGAAGAAGCCAAAACUACUGGCCACCGGCCCGAGAUCGUCGUCUCCGCUCUGCUGUCGAGCAACUUUGUCGCCAUACACACAUCGUCUAUCAGUGUGACGCAUGCCCUGUAUCACAUCGCUGCCUGUCCCGAGUUCAUCCCACCGCUCCGCGAAGAGAUCGAGACAGCAAUCAAGAAACAUGGCUGGGGUAAACAGGCCAUUGGUGAGAUGUGGAAACUGGACAGCUUCAUGCGGGAGUCCCAGCGCGUCAACGGCACGAGCGGCGUGUCUGUCAUCCGCAAGGCCGUGGUCGACCUCAGGCUGGCCGACGGGACCGUGAUACCCGCGGGCACACUGCUUGGGGCAGCCGCGGACGCGACGCACUGCGACGACGAGAACUACGACGACGCUGGCGUGUUUAACCCGUUCCGCUUCUCCGACAUGAGGCAGGAGGAGAGCGAGCGCAUCAAGCACCAAUUCGUGAGCACGUCGCCGGAGUACGUGCCCUUCGGUCAUGGCAAGCAUGCCUGCCCUGGCCGCUUCUUCGCGGGUAAUGAACUGAAGACAAUCAUCGCACACCUUGUUCUGAACUACGACAUGAAGUUUGAGGACGACGGGCCCCGCCCGCCGAACAAGUGGUUCGCGGCCGCCGUUAUUCCUGACAGGAGUGCUAAGGUUUACUUCCGCAAGAGACAAACGAGCAGUGUAUAGACCGCAUGGCCUAUCGCACUCCGUUGUCUCAGCUACCAUGUCUCCUGUCGUGAUUGUGCUGUUGAGAUCGGGCGUGAUUGACGCAUUCAUACGUUGUACAAGGUUUUAGACAUGUCUCCAAAGCCGAUUAGACCUGUAGUUUAGAGUUUUAUACGGUAAUGCACGUGUGAAAAAGGGUUUCUGGAGGCUAUGGUUGAUGCUGUGGAAACAUAAUGACACGGGCAGUGGAAAGACAGGCGACGUUCGACACAGAUGUCGACGUACGACUUGUCGAAGAUUUGGAGAAAUGGCUGUGGGUCCCAAAAAUUACAUCCGUUGUGAUUUGUUCUUGCGCGCCUAAUGCGCUUACUAGCGCUACAAACUACUGCAGUCGAGUUCUGGUAUCAUAGUCAACAGUCGAGAUGGUAUCGUAUGCGUUGGCCC